UUGAGCAAGAGCAGCGUCAACAGGAGCACAUGAACCAAGGUUAUGGCGGAGGUGGAGGUGGAGGAUAUGGAGGUGGAGGAGAGUAUGGUGCUCCUCCUCCUCCUCCUCCUGCAAGUGGUGGAUAUGGAUAUGACAACGGAGGAUACGAUAACGGUGGAGGAGAUGGUGGUACUACUACUACUGUUAUCAAGGAAGAUGGCGGAUGGUUUGGCCAUGACAAAGAAACCAUUGUUACUACAGAUCAAUAUGGAGACCAAACUAUUGUUCAAAAGGAUGACGGAUGGUUCCGCGAUGAGACUACAGUUACGGAAACCGAUCGCUAUGGCAAUACCACUGUUACUGAGGAUACCGAUUGGUUCUAAACCAUGUUUGUUUGAUACAUUUUUCCUUUCUUUUCUUUUCUUUUUUUUUUUGGUUAUUUUAAAUAAAUCUUUUUAUGUAUAUUG